GGCGCGCGUGUGACGUCAAGGCGGGCAUCCGGGGGCCGAGAGGUGCGGGAGCCCGGCAGCUCGGGGCUGCGGGUACUGGAGAUUGUGCAGCGGCUCCGACGCCAUGUUCGGCUCCAGUCGCGGCGGCGUGCGUGGCGGGCAGGACCAGUUCAACUGGGAGGAUGUGAAGACCGACAAGCAGAGGGAGAACUACCUAGGCAACUCGCUGAUGGCGCCAGUGGGCCGCUGGCAGAAGGGCCGCGACCUCACCUGGUACGCGAAGGACCGCGCGCCGUGUGCCGGCCCGAGCCGUGAGGAAGAGCUGGCGGCUGUGCGUGAGGCGGAGCGCGAGGCGCUGCUAGCCGCACUCGGUUACAAGAACGUGAGGAAACAGCCCACCGGCCUGAGCAAGGAAGACUUCGUGGAGAUCUGCAAACGGGAAGGAGGUGACCCUGAAGAGAAGGGCGUGGACCGGCUGCUGGGUCUGGGCAGCUCCAGUGGCUCCGCAGGCCGUGUGGCACUAUCCCGGGAAGACAAAGAGGCUGCCAAGCUUGGACUGUCAGUGUUCACGCUGCGCUUCUCAUAUAGCACCACCGCGUGGACAGCGAAGGCCCAAGCACCGCCCCAUCUGCUGCCAGGAAGAAGCCUCGUGCUGAGGACAAGGCUGAACUGGAUACAGAGAGCCAUAAGAAAAGCAAGAAAGAAAAGAAGAAAAAGAAGAAGAAACACAAGAAACACAAGAAGAAGAAAGACAAAGAACACAAAAGGGAGACUGACAGCUGCCCAUCAUCUCCCUCUCCUGCUUGGCCCAUACACCAGAGACAUGAUUCUGACUUCUCCCCCUGCUCUAAGAGGAAGCGGGGACAUAGCCAGGACAGUGGAAGGAGCCCAUCUCGCAGACGACAAGACAGAGGCUCUGAUGACUGAGAAUUGACUAGAUCAAAGGACACCAGAGCCCUGGUUGCCCUGAGCGGGACCCUGCCCAUCACCAAGCUCUGUAGGGUCUAUAAAGAGUAGUGGUUGGAUGCCAAGUGGCUACCAGCCCCCUUCCUACUUGCCCUAACUAACCAACAUCCCUUUCUGGGGUAAGGCAGGUAGCUACUCCCUGGUAGGAUUCUGAGCCAAGCUCGCUGGACCUUGGGAAUCUAUCUUGCCAUUUGGAGGCAGCUGUGGCAACCACUCCAGGUUGCUGAGGAGUAGGACCUGGGUGACCAGAACCUAGUGAUUCUGAGGGUAGUGCCCUUGCUUGCCCCCAUGCCAAAGAAGAUAUAGUUGCCCAGGAGACUAAGGUCAGACUCCUGUCUCUGCUGCCACAGUCCAGGCUCUUGAGGUUUAGGGGUGUGUCUGUGUGUACAUCUGGUUACUUCUACUUUUUGUAUCAACCCACUUUGUACAUAAGUAAAUGUAUUUUAAAAGUA